UUUAGAAAUAUUAUUCAAAGUUCCACCUCUUUUUAUAAACAAAAUAUUGGACCUGUUUGUUCUCACAGUUAUAGUUAGUCUCAUCUUUUGGUUAAGUAGAGUAUUCUAACAAAAAAUGUGCCUUUAUUUAGAUGACUUUAACAUGACUGCGGCUUGUAGUAUCCUAAAAUGGGUUUUGAGAAGCAAUGGGAAGUCUUUGCAAGAUGAAGUUAUUCCCAGCCGGAAAGAAAAGAAAACUGUUCCAGAAGAAAUUAUAGUAAAAGCCCUUGUGGCUUGCCAGCUUUAUCUGUAUUACUCAACACAUGAGGACGAAUACGACUUAAUAUGUUCCAGGAUAAUUAAUUGGAAACAGUUCAGAUAUGACUACUAUCAGGUUAUGCAUCAUGGUGCGCACAUACAGAAUUCAGACAAGUAUGUUGAUUACUGCCACCAAUUGUUAUGUAAGCUGAGAAGAGUGAACCCACAACUAGAUAUAGAUGGAGAAAAAAACAUCUGGAUUUUAAAACCAAGAGCUUCAUCUAGAGGAAGAGGUAAGAGAAUCUGUGAAAUGGGUACUCAAUUGUUGUUUAGAGGGAAAACAAAAGUUCAGGUUACUGGGAUAAAUUGCAGAAAUAAUCUGAAAGAGAUAUGUUCCUUUGGAAAUGAAUGGGUGGCUCAAAAGUACAUAGAGAGGCCACUUCUUGUAUAUGGAACCAAAAUUGAUCUCCGUCAGCAUUUCCUCAUAACGGACUGGUGCCCCUUAACUAUCUGGUUCUAUAAGCACAGUUUCCUCCGUUUCUCAUCUCAGCCCUACACAGUGGAGAGUUUAGAUACCGCCAUCCAUGUAUGUAAUAACAGCAUACAGAGGAAUUUAAAGAAUGCACCAAAUCGUCACCCCAACCUGCCUGAAGAAAACAUGUGGCACAGUGACGAAUUCAAAGAGUAUCUUUGUACAAUCAGAAAAGAGCAAGUCUGGGAUUUGAUCAUUAUACCAGGGAUGAAGAAAGCCCUCAUUCAAACUAUGAAGGCUGCCCAGAAAAAUGUGAUGUACAAGAAAAACAGUUUUGACCUUUUUGGUGCAGAUUUUAUGUUUGGAGAAAACUUCCAGCCCUGGCUACUUGAGAUCAAUCUCAAACCUGACAUAGAAAAAGACACAUCAGUAAUGGAGAAGCUUGUUCCACCAAUGGUAGAGGACAUUGUACGUGUGGUGAUUGAUUACAAGGAUGACCCUAACUGUAAUGUAGGAGGAUUUGAACUUAUAUAUAAACAGGUAAGUGCAAGUCAAGGGACAGAAACUUUGAUACUGAUAAAUGUCAGAAUAAUAUAACCUCAGGCACAUAAUCUGAUUACAUAAUGUUUUUGGGCUGUGUUUAUUUAUAUAAUUAUGCCAUG